GCUCAUUAAAAAACCAAAAUGUCAAACGCAGACGUCAAACGCAGGUUUUCUUUUUUCAUGGAUCCUUUUCGGAAAAACGCAUUAACAGCGUAUUGGUCGCGUAAAUAAGCGCAAUGAUAUUCGAACAUAAUAAACUGUUACUAUGUGAAGUUUAGUGUGAGGUUCAUUCAUAAAAUCUAGGACAAUGGAUAGUGGAGACAGGAUUUUGGUGGCCGCGGGGCUGACGGCUGCCGUAGUGGUCGGGGCCUUCGUGCUGUGGGGUCCCGGUGGGGCGCCGAAGGUGCGCAAAAGGCGCGGCCAGAUCGCCGGCCUCCAGAACCUGGGCAGGACCUGUUUCCUCAACACCCUGUUGCAGGCGCUUGCUGCCUGUCCCACUUUCAUUGACUGGCUCAAAAAGUAUGCUAAGGCUGAUGGUCACAACAGUAUGAUUACUACAUUAUACACAGUUAUUGAAGUGGUGAACGGCACGCACGAGUCGGCGCGCGGCACGCCGGUGUGCCCGCUGGGCGUGCUGCAGGCGCUGCGCGCGGCGGGCUGGGUGGUGCCCGCCGACCAGCAGGACGCGCACGAGCUGCUGCACGUGCUGCUCUCCUGCGUCGACGAGGAGACCACCAACAUGGCCAAGAAGCCGGGCUGCCUGUCCGACGCUCUCGGCCUGGGCGGGAGCCGCGCGUGGUCAGCGCUGGCUUCGCCGGCGUCUCCGCCCGCCGCCCCGCACCCCCUGCGCGCAGACUCCACCCCGCCGACGCCCUCCACGCUCUCCAUGAGACCAGCAUCUGCUGCGCCGGCUGAUGAACCAGAUCUUGUGGAGACAGAGCCCCUGUGCGAGGCGCCGCGGCUGACGAAGGGCGUGUCGCGGUCGCUGUGCCACCUGAGCUCGGUGGGGCGGCGCUGGAUCACGCCGGCCGCCGCGCGCCCGCCGCCCGCGCCGCCCUUCCGCGGCACCCUCGCCUCCCGCCUGCAGUGCACCGUCUGCGAACAUAAGAGUCCAAUCAGAUACGACAAGUUCGAUAGCAUCUCGCUGUCGAUGACGAACGCUAGCGUCGGACUUACCGGCUCCUUCAGUCUCUCCGGUCUGCUCCGCGCGUUCACGGCGCCGGAGCUGGUGAAGGGCGUCCGCUGCAGCAAGUGCUGCCCCGAGCCCGCCCAGCCUGACGCGGCAGCGCCGCCCGCCUACACCAAGCACAUACGCACUGUCAGCUUCGGGAAGUUGCCAUACUGCUUGUGCUUGCACAUCGGUCGCGUGGAGUGGCAGGGCGGCGCGCUGAGCAAGCGCGGCGAGUUCGUCGCCUUCCCAGAGACCUUGUCCAUGGCGCCCUACUCCGCCGUGCAGCAGCCUAAGCUGGACGUGUCGAUGCUGGGCGCGGGGCGGGUGCGCGCGGGGCUGUCGGCGCUGUCGGCGCAGUCGGCGCUGUCGGCGCAGUCGGCGCUGUCGGCGCAGUCGGCGCUGUCGGCGCAGUCGGCGCUGUCGGCGCAGUCGGCGCUGUCGGCGCAGUCGGCCGCCGCCAGCGGCGCGGGCGAGGCGGCGCCCGCGCAGUUCCGCCUGCGAGCCGUGGUGGUGCACGUGGGGGGACCCCGCUCCGGACACUUCGCUACGUAUAGGCGGGGGAACGGGUUCGAAGCUAAGAGAUGGUGGUACACAUCAGACACGCUAGUGCACGAGGUCUCCCUACAAGAGGUGCUACGCUGCUCCGCAUACAUGCUGUUCUACGAGCGAGUGCGGCCCGAGCCCACCAUGACCGCCUCCGCCAACUCGCACCACUUCUAGCCCCACAUCCGGACACCGGACACCACCCGGGGAUAGCCCGGACACCGCCCGGACAACAUGCCAGGGUUCACUCGUGAAUAUACAGGUAGUGGUCGGAUAUGUCCGAAUUAUAUGUCUAACUACAUGCAGAUAUCUUUCUUCUUCUUGAUUAUUAUUAUUACUAACAUGCCUUUGGUUUAAAGCACAUCGAGGCUUAAGACUUUGGACAUGCCCGACCACUGCUCGGGGUAUCACUUAUGUGAAAAUAUGGAUACUAAAUCAAUAUAAAAUAAGUUCGCAAAAAAAUAUUGAAAACUGCGUGAACUAAGAAUUUUGAUGGAGGGCAUAGGGAGGGGUAAAUAUUAUAAUCUUGCAGUGUUGGAGGGAUCUUACCAUAAUGUUCACAGCAGUUUUACCAACCAAUUGUGAACAAAUCAGUAUCUAUAUUUUCCCAAAAAUGAUCCUCAUUUGUCAUCCCAAGAACUGACAUCCCCAAAAAUUUUCCUUACUAUUGAAACGUUUAUUACUAAAAUUUGGCUGUGCCCUUAUCUUUCGUCUACUGUACAGAGUACACUCAACUCACGCAUAACGCUCGUUUCGAAUUCAAUCAGUAUUAAUUUUUAAGUCUGUUUUUGAGAUAAAUGUUUUUGUACACUGGCAAUAUAAUUCUAAUUGCGACUGAUUGAAAUAUUAUGAGGCUAAGAUUAGGAAUUUUGGAAGAUACUAAAACUCAUUACGAAAGUAGCUAGCCAGUGUACAAUGUUUAUACUAUUGAAUUUCACUCAAUGUCUUGAAUUCGAUCCAUUUUGUCUUGUAAAACAAACAACAUAUCCUAAGCAGUAAUGUAGGUAUGUUACACUUUCCUAUUUCCUAACGCCUUUGACUUUGAGACAGAUAAUAGGUCGACCUGGUUAAUAUUUCGACUGCUUUAUAAUUUAUUCCAUUCUUUAGUUUAGUUGAUGGCAAUGAUUCAAUAAGAUAAAUGUAACUUAGCAUGUGUGUGUAGAUAGCUCACUGUUAGUACACAGUCACUUCUAGUAAUAUUCUAUGUAAUAACAUCUGUCUCGUAAGUCAAAGGACAUAUCUGACUGCAACGUAGUGUGCUGGGUUAGUUCCUAUCCCAUGACAAUUAGGCUUAGAAGCACCUUCAUUCGUGGGUAACUUUCAUCAACCUCACUCCAUUCAUCUAGUCCGUGUGUAGAGCCUAGCACGCUACGUCACUAUGUAAGAACCCUAUGUUUACGAAGAGUCUAUUUUUCCACUCGGCCGAUACUUUUCAACGGACACUUAACUUUUACCUCUAGUGUACAAAACUACACAAGUUAGACUGUAGGCGGCACAUUUCUUCGAAUAAUACCUUAGAUUCCUUAGAAGCUUGUGGUCUAAAAAAUCUUUUGAAUAUCAAAAACUUAAUCUUGAACUAAAUUUUCAAGUUUUUGAAUGAUAUAAUGCAAAAUAAUUCGUCAAAUAAAGGUUGUGGUGAUGCAUGCGUGCAAUUACUCUGGGCGCUGCACUGUGGCAGGGCUUAAAAUGCAAUGUCUUAUUUACUAGUAUCUAAAUGCAUAGCCGCAAAAAUUAAAGUGGGUACUCUGUAGGACUAACUUGUGUUGUGUUUGUGAGACUGGCUUCAAUUGACUAGUUUCUUAUAAACGCUGAACGUUAAUGCAAAAUAUUAUGUGCGAUAAAUAAACCAGUCAGUGUUAGGCGUCCCCAAAGAUCAUGUAUAUCAAUAUUAUUGCCCAAUGCUAUGCUAGUAAGAUUUCACGGAGCGAAUGCAUGAACUAGGAAUAUUAUUGCGCAAUGUUUUCAUUGCAUGGUGCAUGUUAAUAUUGUGCAAUAUUUUUAAACGCCAGAGAUCAACACGUGCAAAAUCUUUUAAAAAAUAGUGCACUUUAUAUACCUACCUUAAUUAUUUUUAUGCGCUACAUUCUAGUAUUGGACAAUAAUACUGCAAGUAAAAGGGACGCUAAAUGUUUUAAAAAUUGUGUGCCAUGAUAGUGAGUGAUAUUUUACACUUUCGCUGUACUUCAUAAGCUCAAUAUGCUGUAUUUAUUUGUGUCUGACUGCUCGCUGGCGCAAACUUGACAACCACUUGUGUAUAAUAAUAAAAAAGAUUGUCAACUUUACUGUACUUAAAAAUAAGGUUGAAAAUCAAUCCCUGGGAAAUUGUUGACCACUUAAUGGAAAACUUUCUCAAGUCGAAUAUUUUUGUGAAUAAGUACCUUUUCUUAGUAUAUUUGUCAGGUUUGUGCUUACCUAACCGAUUCCCUCAGUGUAGCCAUGAGGUAAACACGUACGGAUAGCCGAUUCAAUGUUAGCUUUUACGAUUGACUGUACAAUAUCUGAAUUUAUUAUAAAUCAUUGUGAAGGACUGUAAUUAUGUCGUCCAAUUCUGUAUUGAUGUACCCUAGUAGUAUAUCAUUCUUACUGUGCAUUUUGUCUUUCGGCGGCUUGUUAUCCUGACUCAGCAGGUGCAAUAUUGCUUCGUAAACACUUAGGACAUGCCGCCACUUAGCACGAACUUACUUAUUGCAUUUAUUUUAUACGAUUGACUUGUCCACUUGUGUCCUUCCUAAAAAUAAUACUGUUGUAAUAAUUGUCUUGAAAAUCAAAUUUUCGAAUUAUCAGUCGUUUUACAAAUUAAAAUUAAACCAUUUUGGAGGCUAAAGUCCACUUGUGAAAAUUCUAGUAGCGGGGGAGUAUUGGUGCCUAAAUUGUGGCCAUUUGUGACUGAGCAAAGUGUUGCCAUAUAUAUCGUUAUCGCAUAAACUUAGCUUUAGAUGUUAUUUAUUAUGUUUUGACGGUUAUGGGCUCGAUGUUCUGUUUAUUAUAGAGUUCAUUAUUUGUGCGUACUGGUUUAGUUGCCAUAAUCUACGAUCUUGAUAAGUUGAUACUUACUUGUGACUAGGCGUUUAUGUUACGCGACCAUCUAAACACGUUCGAAAAUCCUGGGAUAUACAUGUGUGACCAUCACAUUCAGAAGGUAUAAUAAUUUAAGUUUUGUUAAUAUUGUGCAAUAGCACUAUCUGUUGUAAUAAUCAGAAUAACGUAAGAUUCUGUACAAACAUUUUAGUUUUCUAUGAAAUUUUUAUCUCUUGUAAAAAAAUUAUGUUACUUGGAAAAUGCUAAAAAAUAGUAAAAUACAUAAUAAUAAAAUUGCAUUUAUCUUUAUAUAGUUUGAAUUAAAGUUUAAAAUGUUAGCUUGAAUUAUUUUGAAUGUUGAAUUCCCGCCAUAUUACGUCGAACUGUCAGAGCCCACUGGUGUGAGUCAUUGUGUUGAACUCUGCAACAAAUCAUUACAACGGGCCAGUAACAUGUUGUGCAAUAAUAUUGUCUAACAAUUUAGUUCAACAAUGUACCUUUAGAAUCGCUCAGAGAUAGCAAAAUUCUAAGAAUAAAUUCAAUAACAAACACUAUUAGAAGAAAUAGAUUGAUACAACUUAUGCAAGAUUUUUGCAACAAACAAGCAACUUUAAAUCAAUAGAAUUUCAGGAAUAUUUCAGCAUAAUUUUAACUUCUAAUAUUGAUUUGGGUUAAAAGCAAAAACCAGAAAAAUAUUACAUAAUUUAAAAUUGCACAACAUUAGGUGUAGUUGAUGUGCACAGAGUUAGUGCAAUGACUCAUACCUGAGUUUUAUUUUAUUUACUUUUUGAUCAUUUUGACUGGGAUGUAAUGUAUAGUUGUUUGGUCAAUACAUAUUGAGGAAAACAAUUAUCUUUAAAAAAAUUACAGUUCUAUAAACUGCUAUAAAUCAAAAGAAGGGAAAUCAAGAACAGCGUUCAUAUCCUCCGUGCAUUACAUCCAAUUGGUCAGAACUGUAGGAAAUUAUGUAAACUUAUGUUUGAAUUUAGGAAAUUGCUUGGCAUAAUAGUUUGUUACUUUAGUCAGUGUUGGCGAUGAUUGAACUUCCAGAGAAACAAUGUGGCAACUGUAGAUAGGAUGGAUUGUAUCUAACAAAUGUUUAUAAAUAAAAUGUAUUAUAAGUG